AAUUCAGACAACGUGGCAACGCCGAAACGACAUUGUUUAUAUUGGUUGCGGGCCGAAUUUCCCUAAUUUUAUUGAAUAUAUUGCUUUUGCUAUGCAGAUUACAAUCAAAGUGCUAAAGGGCACGGACUGCACGCUCGAAGUCUCGCCGACAUCCACGAUUUUGGAGGUAAAACAACAGAUCGAAACGGAACUCCAAAUCUCGGCUGCGAAUCAAAAGCUCCUGCUCCUCGGGCGACCGUUGAACAACGAGCAGACAAUUGCCUCUUAUCCCAACAUCAAGGAGGGCACCAAACUCAACCUGGUGGUGAUGAAACCCUGCCUGCGCGACAGUAUUCAGCGGGGAUUCCGCAAACACUAUCCGGAACAGCAGGCGGAGCGGCUGACCAAUGAGUUUAUGACCGAUUUCGAGAAAAAACUGAACGAACAGAGCUUAGACGACCUGGAGAGAUUCGCUGAUAGCAUAGUUAGCAGAGCGACAACAUAGCCUGCACGACACCCCUAUUGAUCCAUCAAACCCCACUCCCUCCGACGAAUGCCUAUCCUCCUCCGCUAAGCAAAUUGUUUUUAUUUCCCCAAAGGUAGUAAAAAUUAAGACUUGACU